AUGCGAGUCCUUCGAAUGAAAUCUUACAAACCUAGGUUCAAUGUCACGUCAACCAUUGGUAAGAUAAAAGUCCCUCACCAAUUUUUCUGCGCCUUUUUAAAAACUCCUCGACUCACAAUCUACUUUCCUGAUGCCUGUCUAUCUGAGGCACCUGAAGUACAGUGUUCUAGUCUAGCACACCGUUUUUACCCUCUGCCUUUUGAGAUAAAGGAACUCCUCGAGUCUGCUAAGACCAGGAUCUACGAAUUAAAGAUUCAAAAUAAUCGACCAUUUCAGAUGAAAGUUAAUGACAUCACAAAGAGCAAGACGAUUGUGCAGUUUGAAGACGAGUUCAUAACAGAUAAAGAUUAUCUUAUCUGUAGUUUUGACGAUAGGCAGUCGUGGUAUAGAUAUGCUCUUCGACCGAGAAAUGAAAAAUUAUCAUGCGUUCUUCCGAAACUUCCAACACACUGCUUUGUGACAGGAAGACAGGGGAAUACAAUUGUCAAAGAACAAGCCUUGUCAUAUUUCCCGGACAUAGAAAUACAUCAGAUAAGAAAAGAAAGUUGUUCAAUCUAUAUGCAGGCGGACAAAAGAAUACGUAUGUCAUUUCCACCAGACUGUGUCGAUGAUAAUUGUGAGCUCUAUUUAAUGAUGGACUUGCCCGAGAGACAGAUUUGUCCAUUUAUUCAUGUAUAUAUCACAAAGUCCACCGGUCGCCCCGUUGAAAUCAGUUUGCCAAUAGUUUAUCAAGGAUCCAAGAAUACAGAGAAUUUGAUUAUUACCAGGGAAGGAAACGGUGAAUGGAUGACCUUGAACUCUUUGUUGAAAUUAGAUGCUGCCGGAUAUACAUUUGAGACUUCCAUUAUUAAAUCAAACGUACCAACAGCAUUUGGAAUAAAAGAAGCUGUGUUGCCUUGGGUUGAAAAUGGAUCUGAUCGAUGCG